CGGGCAUCCUGACGCCAGCGACUCCCCAGGAAGUAACCGCUCAAGGCCGUACGCAUGCGCGGUGCUUAGGCUAGGGCUGUGCGCUUGCGCGAUGACCGCCAAGACGCGGCGCCUGCGUACUGGUGUCCAGGGCGAUGGGCGGGGUGUGGACGCCUUCGCGAUGGCAGCCCGCGGUCCUUCCCAGACUUGGGUUUCCUGACGCCUCCAGCAAGCGAGGUCUCUUGGGCCAGCUUCGCAGUCAUGUACCCACCGCCGCCGCCGGCGCCUCACCGGGACUUCAUCUCGGUGACGCUGAGCCUGGGCGAGAGCUACGACAACAGCAAGAGCCGGCGGCGGCGCUCAUGCUGGAGGAAAUGGAAGCAACUUUCAAGGUUACAGCGGAAUGUGAUUCUCUUCCUCCUGGGCUUUCUGAUUCUCUGUGGAUUCCUGUCUUAUCUCCAGGCGGCUGACCAGUGGAAAGCCCUGAGUGGCAGACCUGCAGAAGAACAGAAGAUGAGGCCGGAAGUCCCACCGGUCCUACCUGCUCCUCAGAAGGAAAGUGCUAAGCCAGAAGAGUCUCCAGACACAGCCUCUCAGAAACGGCAAAGGCGUUUGCGGCGGGGCCCUCCCCACCUGCAGAUCAGGCCCCCCAACACAGUCUCCAAGGAUGGGACACAGGAUGAUGCUAAGGAGAAGGAAACAGCCCUGGAGAAUGCUCAGCAGGAAGAAAACACACAGAGAACCAUCAUCAGCUGGCGGGGAGCAGUGAUUGAGCCUGAACAGGCCACUGAACUCCCUUCAAAAAGAGCUGAAGCCUCCACCAAACCUCCUUUUCUGGCACCUAGGAUAUGGAAAGAGCCAGCUGCCCCAAAUGAGCGCCAGAAGGGGGUGAUUGAGGCCUUCCUCCAUGCUUGGAAGGGCUACCGAAAGUUCGCUUGGGGCCACGAUGAACUGAAGCCUGUGUCCAAAACUUUCAGUGAGUGGUUUGGCCUGGGCCUCACCCUGAUCGAUGCCUUGGAUACCAUGUGGAUUUUGGGUCUGAAGCAAGAAUUUAAGGAAGCAAGGAAGUGGGUGUCACAGAAGUUAGACUUCAAGAAAAACGUCGACGUCAACCUGUUUGAGAGUACCAUCCGCAUCUUAGGGGGCCUGCUGAGUACCUACCACCUAUCGGGGGACAGCCUCUUCCUGAGAAAAGCUGAAGAUUUUGGAAAUCGACUGAUGCCUGCCUUCACCACACCCUCCAAGAUUCCAUACUCUGAUGUGAAUAUUGGCACUGGGUUUGCCCACUCACCCCAGUGGACAUCUGAUAGCACGGUGGCAGAAGUGACGAGCAUUCAGCUGGAGUUCCGGGAACUGUCUCGUCUUACUGGAGAUAAGAAGUUCCAGGAGGCCGUGGAGACAGUGACGAAGCACAUCCAUUCACUCUCUGGCAAGAAGGACGGGCUGGUGCCCAUGUUCAUCAACACGAACACUGGCCUCUUCACCCACCCAGGAGUGUUCACCUUGGGUGCCAGGGCUGACAGCUACUACGAAUACCUACUGAAGCAGUGGAUCCAGGGUGGCAAGAAGGAGACACAGUUGCUGGAAGACUAUGUGAAAGCCAUUGAGGGGAUAAAAGCACACCUGAUACGGCAUUCUCAGCCUGGAAAGCUCACCUUCGUGGGAGAACUUGCCCAUGGCCGCUUCAGUGCCAAGAUGGACCACUUGGUGUGCUUCCUGCCAGGGACGCUGGCUCUGGGCGUCCAUCAUGGCCUGCCAGCUGACCACAUGGAUCUGGCUCAGGCACUCAUGGAGACCUGCUACCAGAUGAACCGACAGAUGGAGACAGGUCUGAGCCCUGAGAUUGCACAUUUCAACAUGUACCCUCGGGCAGAUCAUAAGGAUGUGGAGGUCAAGCCAGCUGACAGGCACAACCUGCUGCGGCCGGAGACUGUGGAAAGCCUGUUCUAUCUGUACCGUGUCACAAGGGACCGCAAGUACCAGGACUGGGGCUGGGAAAUCCUGCAGAGCUUCAAUAAGUACACACGGGUCUCCUCAGGUGGCUAUUCUUCUAUCAACAACGUCCAGGAUUCCCAGAAGCCUAAUCCCAGGGACAAGAUGGAGAGCUUCUUUUUGGGAGAAACACUGAAGUACCUCUACCUGCUCUUUUCUGAUGAUCUGGAGCUGCUCAGCCUGGACACCUGUGUGUUCAACACAGAAGCCCAUCCCCUACCCAUCUGGACUCCUACCUAGGAGGAUGGCACCUGGCCUGGGGACUGAUGGAGGGCUGAGGUGUGCCUAGUGCUCUGUGGCCUUCACAGGGCCCACAUAGUUUUGGGCAGCCAUCAAGGGUGGUACUCUUGCCCGGUUCUAGGCCCCUCCUGUCUCAGCUUUUCAUGAAGAUAGUUGGGGGAGGGGAACAAGAGUCAAAUCAGCAGGUAUGAGAUUCUAGGAUUUAGGCUGACUAGUCUACCAGAAGCCUUUGACUUCCUUGAAAACUCAUGACUCCUGAUUCCUGUGCCCGAAUGACCCUGUUGGCUGGCUGCAGGCAGCCCCGUGGUAGUCCCAAGACAUCUUAUCACCUCCUGGGACCACUCAGGACCCCAGUGCCUGUGUUGAGUUCAGAGUGAUAGCCCAAGUCAGUGAGGUGCCGGGCUUGGCCUAGUGGCCUGUGCAAGUCCUGACCCACAUGUCUGGUGGGGCAUGUGACCUCAAGGGGCCUUGUGGCUUUAGUGUUUACGGGUUGGACUCAGGGAUCCUCCUGGCUACCCUACUGGGCUGACAGGGGUUAGAACAGCAGAUGUCUUAUUUCCAGGAUACCCUGGUAUAAUGUGAUUUCUCAGCUGAGAUGUAAGUGGACUUGGUCCCACUGUAAUGGGUUCUGUGUUGGGGUGGGGGUUGUAUCUGUGGACUGGAAAGUCUGGAUUGACCUUAAGGGACAGCAAGUUCUCUGGGUAACAUUGCAGUAACUGCCCCCUCAAGUCAGAACUGCUGUCCACUUCAGGUCGGAAAAGCUGGGAAGAGCAGACUUUGGGGGACGUUCUGCAAAUAGGCCAGAAUGCUUGGUUUGUGCUCUCAGAAUGGUCUGUGAAGAUCACCUGCUGGCUGGUAGGAGUACUUGUAUGGAGGGAGGAACACCAGCAGAAGUGUGUCCCUUUCUCGUAAUGAGAUGCUUGUGCCUUGGUGUCUGAGCCCAUGGACAUGAGGGUAGAGUAGGCCCUGUCUUUGAUCUGUUGUUAGUGGACUGUCCCUGGGCCUUGGCUGGGAUUCCCCCAUCCAAGACCAGGGUAAUUCCAUGAAGCAGUGGAGGGUAAACUGGACAGAACCUAAGGCACCUGGGCCUGUGUUCUCUGUGCACCCCAAGAUCUGGAGGUUUGACAUGCUCACUCCCCAUCUACAGCUUGGAGCAUCUCAGUGGCAGCCACAUUGUGCCUCUGAGGCACAGUAGUUGCCCCAGGGACUUCCUGUCAACUACUUGUACCCCCAAGCCAGCUCUAAUCCCAAAGGUGUCUACAAAGAAGGACCUGCCUGGUGACAUGUCCUUAGGCCUCAUUCUUAUGUUUAGAGGCACACUGGGUUGUAUCCCUUCCCAUUGAUGUUGGCUUUUCCCUGUGCUGUCCUCUGGACCAGGAGCACCGUAGACUUGUGAAUGGUCACAUUUAGGCUUUGCUGAGGCCUAAGCAGUUGAGAAGUAUGUAUUCUCCGUCUCUUGCCUUGAUCUCCCAUAUGUAUUCUGGAGGGCGUGAUCAGUACCAAGGGGACAGCAACUGCCCCUGUGGCCCUCCAAAGUUGCUGUGGGUCAAAAUAACUAGGUUGAAGAUGCCCACAAAGCUGGGAGCUGGUGGCCACAUUGAAGCAGACAACAUGGGAACAGUCCUGGGAGGGGAGGCUGGUCACCAGGAAAGGCAAAUUUCCCUCCCUGUUGCCCGGAAGCACGAAACCUGAGAGCUGGAGUCUGUGCUUAAUUAAAUGUCUAACUGGUCUCA